CUCUGUCCUAAUUUGCUCUGCAGAUGGCCAAUGGCACAGUUCUGAUGGAUCCGUCGAUCCGUCGUCCCACCUUGCUGGGACGUCGAGCUGCGAUGAAGCAGGUGUGGGGUUCUGUUACUCUCCUGUUGCUUCCGUUUUCCAUAUAUCCUGUCCCCCGCACCCAAACUUCUCAUUUCUUGAUCAGCCUUAUGGCCCAAGCCCCGAGUCUAUUUUGCUUUUGGAGAAACUUCUCGAGGGCUUCCAUCUACUUCCACCGCUCCUUUGCGGAGAAUAUUCAGCCUUCGUGAAACUUUCUUGGCACGGUUCCCCAUGUCAAUGAUCUGAUUACGGCCCCGUGUGCGCCAGUGUUGGAGCGUUUAUUCCCAGACUUCACUUCAAUAUGGAGACGCCGGUUCGCAGAAAUGCCAUGAGGGCGACAAUGACACAUGUUGUCACGCAGUGGGAAACGGGACAAUGGGCAAGAGAGGGCAUCGAGUCAGGACGGGCGAGGGCGAACAGCGAGUCCCUCAGGCCGAUUACAUUUUCGCCAACCAACAGGCAUUCCGGCGGAUUGCGGACAAAGAAAGACUUGAACUUUCCUGGAACUCCAGAGAGCGGGCGGUGGGACUUUGGUUCAAUCCGUCACAUCAAGCAAGGUUCGACCGAAAUGCGCACCCCUGUAUCUGCUGUCGACUCUGUCUUUGAGUUACCCUGCAACGAGUCUCAUGCAUCACCCAACUCGUCAGCUCAUUCGUCCUUUAUGGCGGAGCUCGAAGCUACCUCACCAGUAACGGUUCGUCACUCCGAGCGACUUGUAUCACCAGCAUCCUCAACACCGUUGGCCACACCUCUAUAUCCGACUCCUCCAAAAGGUCUGCACUUGCAAAAUUACAGCAUGGAUUUCAAGAGUGCAGGAAAUGCCCCUCGUGCCGUAAUAAAGGUUGUCGACGAGACAAUUGCCGCCAUCGAAGAUACCAACCGGAAACUUCUUAGCCGCGCGAUUGCAGCAGAAGACACAGCCAAGGUCCUUCGGGAACAAAACUCGCAGCUUCAGCUCAAAAUCAAACACUGCAGCCAGACUCACCAUCGUCCAAAGACCGCAUCCUCCCAGCCAACACCGGCCCUUCGGUUUCAACAUAGGCAUACGGACAGCACUCACGACCCCACUCCUCUCUCUUCCUUCAAUUCUACCAUCGACCAGCUUGUCCUGGACAAACCGGCUCCCAAGCGGAAGCCUCGUCCACCCCCUCCCUAUCCGCCAGCGCGGAAUGUUCCUUACACAUCUGCGCAGCCCCUUUCGCCUCCUUCUCAUGUCGAUCUUGCACCAAACCCCUUUACAGAUACCGGUUUUGGGCGAUCUUCUCCUCGCAGGCCACCACCUCUGACACUCAGGCAAACGCGCUCGAGGUCUAACAUCAACGAAAUCUCCAGUCCAAUUCCAGGCAGCGUGAUGAGGCACGAAGUGACCUUUGACGGGACGCCAAUCUCAUUUUCAGCUCGUGCGAGGAAUAUUAGCUUAGAUGAGGCGAGGAAGAGAGCAAAACCAUUGCCGCCACUAGGGCCGAUGAGUCCUAGCGUUGUUCGGGGAUUUGUAGAGCUCGAGACGGCGUAUGGGUUUGAUGAGUUCGGAAUGGACGCUAGGGAUCCUGAGAAGAAGAGGAGGCGGCGGAGAGGAUUCAGCGGGCUUUUCAAGCGGGAGAAAAAUAAGGAUUUCAUUUGAGCUUGGAUCGAUGGAUGGAACUCGGAUACCCUGCCGUUUUGGGGGCUCAUCACGGGAUAUGCAUAUCACGCUUUCAUGUAUAUGUUCUUUUGCGUUUUCGAUGGAACAGCUCUCUCACACGCUAGACAAAUUUUGAAUCACCUCGCACUUUCC